GAAAAUCCCAAGGCCCCUCCUCUACGAGACGCAAGUAUUUAUCUACAACCAUUUCAAAAUUCGAGCAGGCCCAGAAGGUUAUCUUUUUAACUCUUUCCGGUAUUUCCGAGAGGUUUUGAUAAAGUCCAGAUAAGUGAAUUGAUCUAUGAUUGCGAAGGAAGUUCUAUUACUUUUUGUUUUUUGUGGAGUGGAAUUUACCUCUGCCACAUCGGAACAAUGGGAAAAGAGAACGCAAUGCCGUAACCAAAAGGUAAUUUGUCCUUGCAAGGACAGGCGAGGAGUGGAUGGACAUGUGCUUGUGGUAACGUGCAGUGAUCAAAACGAUCCAAAAAUUCCAGUUUGCCGAGGGAAAGCUUUAUACUCAGAGGAGUGUGGAAAAGUGUACUUUUCAUCAAAAAGGCACAGACGUGACACAGGAAAUUGUAAUAAUGGAAUCAUUCCAGGAUCCCCUCACCCCUCAGAUGAUGCAGACCCCUAUAUAAAUAUGACCUCUGGAUCUACCAUAACAAGAGAUGUGGAUGGCAGCCACAGAUUUAAAUGCAAUGUCUAUUCAAAUUUUUCGGCAAAUGUAACAUGGCUGAUUAAUGGCAUACUUAUUUCUCUGGAUUCCAAACUGAAAAGGGAGAAAUACAAAUUUGGAUCCUGCAAACGAAGUCUACAUGUCACACAAAUUUCAGAAGAGGACGCAGGAAACUACACAUGUGUUGUGACAAAUGAGAAGGGAAAAAGUUAUUCAGCUACAGCUAAGUUGAUUGUCAAGGUACCAAGAGGCCCAGUUAUAGAGUAUGCAAAACUUGAUGGUUUGGACACAGCUUACAUUGGAACCACAGUCAACAUAACUUGUAAAAUCCAAGGCUUUGAUGGUGUAAUUGGCUAUUUCUUGAAGAAUGACAUAAUAGUAAUGGAGGAUGAUGAACUACAGAAGUAUGAAUAUUUCAAGCCAAGAGUAAUAGUUACACCUCCCAACUAUGUUUUCCAUCUGGAAAUUAAGAAUGUCACCAUGGAAGAUGCAGGAAACUACACAUGUAAAGCUUCCAAAUAUGGACUGAAAUCAACAAAAACAUUUCUUCUUGAAGUUGAACCAUGUCCAGCGGGUUUUUAUUGCCCUCCAGGAGGACGUGGUCGCAUUCCAUGUCCUCAAGGAACAUACCAGCCGAACAUUAGUCAGACAUCUGAACAGGCCUGUAAAUCAUGUCCAGCAGGUUUUUAUUGCCCUUUAGGGGCAACUAGUCUCAUUCAAUGUCCAAUAGGAACAUACCAGCCAAACAUUAAGCAGACAUCUGAGCUAGACUGUAUAGUGUGUCCAGUCGGUUUUUACUGCCCUCCAGGAAUGGCUAGUGGCAUUCCAUGUCCUCAAGGAACAUACCAGCCAAACAUUGGCCAGACAUCUGAACAGGCCUGUAAAUCAUGUCCUUUCUUUACUAACUCAUCAAAGAAUCCAAGUGGUAUACGACCAAAUGUAUAUGAAGCUGACUGUCCAGGAGAAGAUCCAAGUAUUACAAGUAAAGCGUUGACUACAAUAUCACAAGAUGUCAUGAAGAUUGCCAUAGGCAUGGGUUGCACUUUUUUAUUAUCAUAGUUGUAGCGUCUCUAUCAUUAUUCAUUGCAAAGAGAAAUGUUGGCUGUGGUUCUCUUCCUCGAGACACAGCCAUAAUCCAGAGUGUUUCCCUUGUCAGCCAAUGUUAAGUGAGAAUGGAGAUAUAGAGAAUGCUGAGUGUGCUGAAGUUUGAGACAGUUGCUAGAAAUAGGUAUUCAGUAACUUUUUGCAAUGUCUAUUACAACAAUCUAAUCUAUACCCAGCUGAUGAUUUAGCAAGAAAGUACUUAAAUGAAAGCUAUUUAAUCUGUUAAGUAACCCCAGCCCCCUUUCAGGAAUUGAAUCAAAAAUUAAAAAGACAAAAAUUAACGUACACUGUUUGGUUCUUUCAACCUGGCAAACAAGCAUAUUGUGAAACUAUGAAAUUCAUUUGCUGCUUGCUUUUAAAACAGACGAUGUAAUUGUCUUGCUUUGUUAAGAAGACUAACAGUGUGUAGCUGUAGACAAAGUAAAAGUUAAUUAUGAGCCUGUCAUGCUAGUAAGUUUUGAAUGACAAGUAGAUGUGAAUCGUAAGUAGAUUAUUCGUUCUCGAUUUCUACGUAUGACAGCUGAUUUUGGCUUUUCCCCUUUUUUAAUAGUAAGGUAAAUGUUGAAA